CGAAGGCAAAUACCCCCAGUACCAACCUGGCCGCGUCGCGGCGAGCGCGUUUCGCGCCAAUCCCUACUGCAAUUUCAAAAAUCUUCAACAAUCAAUACAUCAAUUACUUAUAUACAAAUUAUAAUGCAACGGCGACAAUAAAACUUAGUUAUAAGGUAGCAAAUGAGACAAAUCAGUGAAAGGGAAUAGUCAGUGUACAAACAGAUAUCAUGUGACGUAAUGUAAAACAAGUGAAAGUUGAACCAACUAAACGGUGCGCGCAGUGGCCGCAUGCGAACGUGUUCUGUGCGCAAAUAAAAAAAAAUAAAUGUCAUCGAGAACGCGCGCGGAAAAAUUAUAAAAUUAAUAAGUGAGUGCCGCGGUUUCGUGUUAUCCUGUGUCGCGUAGUGAAUUUUCGUGUUUCGCCGGAGACUUGGGGUUGAAUUGAAAGCUGUAUUAUAUUGUGUGAGGUUGUCCGCCCCUGUCGCUGGGCCAAUGGCGCUGCGGGUGCCGCCCCCGCGCGGGUUUUCGCCGCACUUGUGUCUGGCGCUUCUGCUCCUGCUAGUCCAAACUGGACUAGUCACAUCACGGCGCCAAGAGCCCUACUAUGGGCGUCUCAUCGGCAGACUCACGCAGUACGCACAUGGCAUCCGCGGUACUAUUUACGCAGUCGACGAGAGCACGAUAUUCGUGCGCGGCUUCGCUUACGAUGGUACGGGCCCCGACGCAUAUUUCUGGGUGGGGGAUACCCCGCAACCUUCGCCUGAAGGCACGCUAGUGCCGUACCCCGAAGACUAUGUCACUAGAGACCCGCCCAUCCUGUCAGCGCACAGCAAUUCUGACAUCCUGCUGAGGCUGCCUGGGGGCAAACGACUGAAAGACAUCAAGUGGAUCAGUGUUUGGUGCAGGAGGUUCACCGUAAACUUCGGAGACGUCUUCAUCCCCCAAGGCCUGGACCCUCCCAGACCCCGCGUCUUACCAGAAUUCAAGCGUUUAGCACACGGGCUGAGGUCUGGCAACAUUAGUGUCUUGGACGCUAAGACCUUUUACAUCCCUAACUUGCAUUACGACGGCGCUGGUCCUGACGCGUACUUCUGGGUCGGGAAUGGAUCAGAACCCUCGCCUUUCGGGACUAAAGUCCCCAACGAAAUGGGCUCACUUCACCCGCUUCGCGGUUAUCAAGGGGAGGACAUUGAGAUCGUCCUCCCUGGCAAGAUGACGGCCUACGAUAUCGACUGGCUGGCCGUAUGGUGUGUCGAAUAUAGACAUAACUUCGGUCACGUCUAUAUCCCUAAAGAUUUAGACGUGCCACCCGCUUUAGGACAGACUAAAAUCACCCCUCCUUGGUGGUAUAAUCCGACAAGCUCAACGACUUCACAAACUCCAUUUAGUGCCACAAACAAUUGCAAGGAAUUACUGGAUAAAAGGCUACAAGUCAGGUGGGAGAUACAGGGAGACCACGUGCAAAUCACAUUGGCCGCGAGAAUCCGUAAGGAGCAGUACAUGGCGUUCGGUAUAUCCGGCGCUGAAGGCAGGGCCGCCAUGUUAAAUGCUGACGUCGUCGUCGCGUACUGGGACGUCAGGACCAACCAACCCGUCGUGUCAGAUUACACGAUAACCCACCUGGCGCAGUGUGACAACGAACGAGGAGUUUGUCCUGAUACUAAACUUGGGGGGACCGAUGACGUUGCUCUUGUAUCCGGCAACCAGAAGAACGGGAUAACAACAAUCACAUACAGGCGGCCGCUCAUCGCAACUGAACCCUCGAAAGACAAGGAGGUCCUCACCUCCCGUUCGCAGUCCGUCAUAGCAGCCUUCGGGCCAUUGAACAGCAAGUUCGAAGCUAACGCUCAUUCCUUCAUGGAUACCACCAGAUCUGAUGUGCAAAUUGACUUUGGAGCUCAAAACGACAACACGUGCAUCGGACUAGCGGAGUUGGACUCAGCGGCUCCACCCGCGUGGCCGCCGCGCGUUAUAUCUGGUACUACCAACUUUACUGCCAGGAUCGGACCAGCUGGCGGCGUCAGGGGCUACACUCCUAUCACUGACAAUGAUAUUACUAAUGGAUUCCUGACUUACGGUCACCCGUCGUGGGGCAUCGCGUGGUACAUCAACGACCAGCUGAUCCCGGAGCUGUACGUGGAGCGCGGGAAGACGUACACCUUCCAUGUGGAGGGCGGGGACGACAGGACCAACCCUGCGAAGUUCCACCCGCUGUACAUCAGCGACUCGGGCGAAGGCGGGUUCGGGCAGAAGCUGGAGGCCGAGCGCAAGCGCCAGCGCGUGUUCGCGGGCGUCGCCUUCGACAACGAGGGGUACCCCUACCCCACCGCUGCGGGUCGCUACUGCGAGUGGACCCACAAGACCAUAGACCAGUCGUCUGUGUCGGCGACAUUUGAGGACUACAUGACGACCCUCCAGCUGGAGUGUAACACCGGGGAGCCGGCCGUGCUCAACUGGACCGUGGCGCACGAGACGCCGGACCUUGUUUAUUAUCAGUGCUACUCUCACAACAACCUGGGCUGGAAGAUCCACGUGGUGGACCCGGGCACCCCGGUCCCUCAGACCGGGGACCGCAUCUCUAUCAACUCAGCCACAACGCUAGCUGUCUCGCUCGCACUCACUGCGAUUACAGCGUUGCUCGUCGUCAGAUAAGGACGGGUAUAGGUUUCAGCGGGCGUUGCAACCACCUGUUUCUUAGCAAUAUCUACUAAUUUUGUUUAUAUCUUUAUGAAUUCAGGGGUUAUUGAAUAAGUUUGUUAAAUUUGAUAUAAUUAAUAUAAUUUGACAUAGGUAUUUAUAUAAAGUUUAGUUGAUAAAUUAAUUUUAUUAAGCGUUUGAUAAUGAUGUGAUGGUGUUAUUUUAAUGAAUAUUUUUAGUGGGUGGUUUACUUUUUAAUUAUUACAGGUUUUUGUAAAUUUCAUACGAAACAUUAUUAUCUUGUUGAAAAGAAUCUUAAAAUUUUAGUUACAUGUUUAGAGGUGAUUUUAAGAAACAGUUGCGAUUUCGACUACAGUUAUUAAUUAGUGUUGUAAGUCGACGUGUUUGUUAUUAUAUGACAAUAAUAUAUACUCAUGUAAGUAUACUUACUGGUGUCAAAAUUGUAAUUGACAAUAAUCAUACAAUAAUGAAUUGUUUUUUAAAUUAUUUACAAAUUAGAAUAUUUAGAUAUUGACUCAAUAAUGUAACCCUAAUCCCUAUAGUAUUUGAUUAUACACUUACCUACUAGUUUUAUUAGUAGAUAUACAACAUUUUUAUAUAAUUUACUAAAUGUAUACACAACAAGAUAACCUAACCUUUAACAGAAUAUAUAUUUAUAUUGUAAAAAAAAGUGAACGCGUUUUAAACGUUCGUAAAAUAGUAUAAAUAUUCGGAGUCAUAUCCGAUGCCUUUAGGUGACUUAAAUAGAAUCAAACACCAGUGUUUGCAAUUAACUCAAUCGAAAAGAAAAAAAACACGUUUUGAUAUUAAAAGCAAAAGUCACACGUGACGUGAAGGACAACAUAUUCUGAAAUUGAAAAAGAUGGGAAUAUUAUAUACAUAUAUAGGAUUCAAUAAAAUUUUGAAAAAUGAUUAAUAAAAUAUAUUUUACUUCGUUAUUUAGAUAUACAAAAAGAAUAAAAAAUAUUUAGUUGGAAGUGACAGACAAUAUUCUUAGAGUUUUAGGUCAGAAAUAACAACAUACAUCUCAAAUACGUCGAAUUACAAAAUAAAAUGUGAUAGUUGGAGAUGUUGUGUGCGCUCGCUGUAUCUUUUUGUAAAAGUGUACAGUAAAAAAAUGGGUAACUCAUGUCAAUCUUGCGAUCACAAUAUCAAUUUUCAUAUCAGUCAUUAAGCAUAUGCUAUCUUUACAAGUUAGACUUUUUGAUACUUGACUCUGUAGUUUAAAUAAAUUAAUUGAAAACUUUGUAAUGAAAAAUACAAUAAAUAUUGUGCCGUAAGCAAGUAUGUUUAAAUUAAUCGUUAAGAAAAGUUAUUUACAUAAUCAAAUAAAUUUAAAUUAUCAAACAUAUUAACUAUCUAACGUAAACCAUGUUUAAAAGUUUUUGAGACCAUCGCAGAAAUGCACAAAGUGGACACUUUUUGUAAAGAAAAUAAAUUAUACUUUUCAGCUAUUAUUGAUUUAAUAUUAUGCUUCAAAUCAAUUCUUAAAAUAAACUAACGCAAAUGACAAUUCAAUAAUAAUUAACGUAUAUUUUUCAUUAUAAUAUGUAUUGUGUAAAUACUUACUACGGUUUCUUAAUAUUUCGGUUUAAAAACGGUCGAAAAUAAAACUAGGCCGGGAGUUGAACUAAUAAAAAUAAUGUAAGUCUAAGCUUGUUUGUCAAAAUCAAAAUUUUUUCUCGCUCGUGUAGGUAAAUUGAAGAUGGCGACAUAAAAUAAAACUUACAAUAAUUAAUUAAAGCAUGACAAUAAUGAAGGUUAAUGUUAUAAUACUGAUCGGUAAGUUAGCGAUUUUAAUAUUUUAUUUAAAUAAUUUUUUUUUCGUAAUUUCUUAAUGUUGCAGAGAUUAAUGAUUCAAAUAAUAUGCCAAUUCAUCUGUGUAUUCAAACUGUUAAAUUAAGUUUUCUAUGCACAGUACAGCAGCACUUUCAUAUUUUACAAAAAUAAAUCUUGACGAUCUGUAUUUUAAUAUGUGGAUUGACAAUAAUGAAUCCUAAUAAUCAAUUUUACAAAACUUAAAUAUAAUCUUAUUGUAAUAAGUAGGUAAUGUACCUACUUGCUUUAUGAUAUUGUACUUAAUACUAUAUUAUGUUUUAUAUUUUAUUAUAUGCCGAAAUGUAGACCAUAAAGACAUUUUCAUAAAAGUCUUUAUAUAUAUAUGUAAGUAGAUUUAAAAUGUUUUGACUAUCGCAUACUUCUCAAUUGAAUUUUUACGACAAUAAAAUGGUAUUGAAAAAUUAAACCGUUGGACUGUUUACGUAAAAUAAGAAUGGUAACUAGUAGGUACGGCCUAGUGUAAUAAAGAAUAGAACAGAUGACAAUAAUCUCGUCUAUUCGUGAAUUUAAUUAAUAAAUUAAUAUUUGACUUUUAAAAUUAUUUUAUAGCAGGGUACUGAACUGGCUAUUGCCAUUUUUUUUUGUUUCACGUAACACUUUUGUUGUUAAUUGUAUUUUUACCAUAGAGAAAUAUUGUUUGACCGUUUUGUUACGCACCACUGUAAGCACAUGUUGCCAGAUAUAAAAAAUAAUAAAUCAUGGUAGAUUUUGUACUGUUCGUUUUAUCUUAAUAUCAAACUGUGAUUGCUUUGGAUCAACGGCUUUGCCUCAUAAUGAGUUUUAUAUUUCAUAUUCGUUUUAUUUGUGUAACCAAUCGUUUCAUAAUCAAAAAUAAUAUUAAUUUGUGUAGAUAUGUGGCAGGACAAUAUCUAAAUUCAAAAAUAUAAUUAUUGAUUUAUCGUAUUGGAUGUUAAUAUUUUACAAUAUAAGUAUCUGAAAAACAUAUAUUAUGUGUAAAGCGUAUGUUUCCAGAUUUUUCGCUAUUAUAACGAUUAUAGAAAAUGAAAUGAUUUCUGAAAAUUUUAUCUACUAAAAGUAAAAAUUAAUAACAAUUAGAGAGUAGGCAUGUAAUUUGAAAUAAUUUUACACUCUGUAGUAGUAGAUGUUGAUGCACAAGUUAUGUUAUUUGUAAGAAUUUUAUUAGUAGUAAAUUAUUAUACCUACUACAUUAUAGUUGAUUGUAUUGCUAGUUACCUAGUAAACAAAUUUUUACUGUGCAAUUACUAAGAUUAUGUCAUGGACUUGAGCUUUAUGUGUGUACUAUGUUUAACUAAUAGAAUUGAUAUUUUACAAGUCAAUCUCGGUAAAAUGUUACUAGUUUCUUUUUGAUGAAUAUAAUAAUCGCAGAACUGAAUUCAUUAAACUUACAAAUUAUGUGAAAUACACCAAAACUUUACAAAUAAAAAGCAAUAAUCGACUCUAUCUGCAUUAACAUAUCGAAUAUAUCUGCAUUAACAUAUCGAGACAACAAAGACGAAUUUAAAAUGUUAUCAAAUUUUCUUUCGCAUAUCAAACAUGUUUUAUAUUGUCAAAAAGCUAUUUGUGGCCGUCCUAGAAUUCAAGAUAGGUAUUAUUUAAUGAAUGUCACCACAUUUGUCUUUCUUUCGCGAUGUUAUUGAUUUAUUUAGUUUCUACUAGGUACCUUUAAGUACUCACAACACAUACUUUGAUGAGCCGUAUAUUUAUUGGAACGUUCAAAAAAAAAAUUUUUUUUAUACAUUAAUCUUAAAGUUGGCGCUCAUCGAAGACUAUGCAAAGCGUUUGUAUUUGUAUGAAAUUGUUAAGCACGCGAUUACGUAGCCAGCCAACGUUCCAUACAAAAACGCUUAUUCAUAGGCUUUGCAUAUGCAAUUGGUGUGCACUGGCCUUCAUUCUUCAAUUUUAUUAUCCCGCUAUGAAACUGAAGCAGUGAAGCUUAAUUUAAACAAUUAAAGCUAUUCUAAAUGAUUCGGACUAAGUAUGUACGUACACGGUUCAUUCGCGGGAUAAUUUUUUUUAAUGAAAAUAGGGUAAGAGGUUGUAGUUAGUUUGGAAAUAAUUACGGUCAUCAUUCUUCAGUACUUUUAAAUUAGUUUGGUAUUCUUAUUCAUAAUGAAUAAUAAACUUUUUAAAAUGCACAAAUUUUCAUGUACAAUAUUGAAUAGAAUUUUAACGCUUUUUAUAUGUAUAUCUAUAUUGUAUAUACUUAAUUAAUGAGUAAGCUGACAAUUUUGUAAAAACCCGAUAUAAACCAGUCGUUUUCACAAUAAAUUGCUGUUACUUUGUGUAAUUUAUGACAUCUUUGACAAUAAAGACCUUUCCUUAAAUCAA